AUGAGCUCCACGGCGGCCAACGUCCACCCUGCGCUGCCGCCGAUCAGGACCACGCCACCGGCGCCGGAGCCCGCCGCCUGCUCCUCGGCGGCAUCGUCGUCGACGGCGCCGGCGCCGGACGCCGAGUCGGUGGCGACCUUGCCUUCGGCGGAGAAGCAGCAGGGGGAGGCCGACUCGGAGGAGGCCCAGCACCAGCAGGAGACGGAACCCACGACGCCGACGUCAGAGGGGAGCCAGCUACGGGCGCCGGCCGAGUGCCCGCCGGCGCCGCGGAAGCCUGCGUGGGCGCCUCCGCCGUCGACGCCGGCCAAGCGCAAGUUCCCGUCCUCCGCGGCGCCGUCGGCGCGCCGGGCCUUCUUCCCCGUCGCGCGCGACCUCACCACCGUGUUCCUCGCCCUGCCGCCGCCCAAGAAGCGGAUCCGCGCGGGCUGA